AUGGAGUGGAGAGUGGGAAAAAAGAGAAAGGAUCAGGCAGGAGGAAGAAAGAUGGGAAAAGAUAAAGGAUUCGAGUUACAACAGGUGGUACAAAAUGAUGAUGAAGUGCAGAUGGUGUUGGAAGUGUGGUAUCCGCCAGGGACAUUACCUGACCAUUUUCGACAGAAAGAAGCGGAAGAAGAACAGCGUCAAUGGGCGGUGGAGGAGCUUCGAAGAAGGCGGCUGGAAGCGCAAAUGGAANACGAGCGCUACGAGCGGGAAACAGUCCGUCUCUUGUCGGAAAUCGAAAACGAGAUCAUUGCCAACAACAACGACAACAACGGCGUCGUCGACGAGUACGAUGACGACAACAACGAUGAUGACGAGGAUGCCGACGACAACAAUGACGCCGACGACGAAAACAACGACACCGAUGACGAAGACGAACGCCCCGUGAUUAUUUCGGAAACGGAAGAUUCUAUUGUAGAAAUAUCGGAGAGAGAAGUGCAAUACGAAGGCGGAAUUGUAAAUGUUGCGCCAGAAAAUAGUAAACAGGACGGCACCUAG